UUAGAGGAUUUCUCUUCUCCGUAGCUUCUUUUGGCCCCACUCACUUUCAUUUGCCUUCCAAAAUCUGCACCUUUACCACGACAGAUGGUUAAUACUCUCUGCCUACCACUACCUUGAAGAAGCCAGGAAGGCGCUUCCGCAGUUGUGCUGGGGGUGCUCUCCUGUUCCCCUUACAAAUGCAUUAAGCCACAGGUGAGAUGGCAGGCGCUGGGCCGCGCAAAGGAAAAAAGGACGACAAUGGCAUCGGCACGGCCAUCGACUUCGUGCUGUCCAACGCCCGGCUCGUGCUGGGUGUGGGUGGAGCUGCUAUGCUGGGCAUUGCCACGCUGGCUGUCAAACGGAUGUACGAUCGGGCGAUCAGUGCUCCCAGCAGCCCUACUCGCUUGAGCCAGUCAGGAAAGAGAAGCUGGGAAGAGCCAAACUGGCUGGGAUCCUCCUCGCGGUUACUGACCCAGGACAUGAAAACUAACCUGAGCCGUUCCCUGCAGACCCUUCCCACUGAUCCUUCAGCUGCGGACACAGACUUUUUCCGACCCACAAAGCCCAAGCCCUCUGCCAAAAGGAGUCAAAUGGAACUGAAAAAAUCACGCCUUCGUUUGUCUCUGCAAGAAAAGCUCUUUGCUUAUUAUCGGAGGAAGGUAGCUAUCCCAGCAGAUGAGCAGGCCCGGGCCAAGCAAGCAGCCGUGGAUAUUUGUGCUGAGCUGCGCAGUUUCCUACGCGCCAAGCUGCCGGACAUGCCGCUGCGUGACAUGUACCUCAGUGGCAGCCUGUAUGAUGAUUUGCAGGUAGUGACAGCCGACCACAUCCAGCUUAUUGUGCCUCUGAUGCUGGAGCAGAACCUGUGGUCAUGCAUCCCUGGGGAGGACACUAUCAUGAACAUUCCUGGCUUCUACUUAGUGCGUCGGGAAAACCCAGAGUACUUUCCCCGUGGGAGCAGCUACUGGGACCGCUGUGUGGUGGGAGGCUACCUUUCCCCCAAAGCUGUAGCAGACACCUUUGAGAAAGUUGUAGCUGGCUCCAUCAACUGGCCAGCCAUUGGGACUCUCUUGGAUUAUGUGAUCCGUCCAGCAGCUCCCCCAGGAGAGUUGACGCUGGAAGUCCAGUAUGAUCCAGAACGGCAUCUUUUUAUUGACUUCCUACCAUCCCUGACACUGGGUGACAUCAUCCUUGUGGCCAAACCCCAUCGAUUGGCCCAGAAUGACAAUCUGUGGCGACUGAGCCUGCGGCCAGCAGAAACUGCUCGCCUCCGGGCCCUGGACCAGUGUGAUUCUGGCUGCCGUUGCUUGUGCCUGAAGAUCUUCAAAGCAGUAUGCAAGCUGAAUCCAGCCCUGGGUCCUCUCACUGCCAGCCAGCUCACCAAUGUCAUUCUGCACCUAUCCGAAGAGGAGUCCAACUGGUCCCAAGAUGUGCUGGCUGACCGCUUCUUGCAGGCGCUGAAGGGAUUGAUCCGCUACUUGGAGGCAGGUGUCCUCCCUAGUGCUCUGAACCCCAAGGUGAACUUGUUUUCAGAGCUCACCCCGGAAGAAGUGGAUGAGCUGGGCUAUACCCUCUAUAGCUCUCUCUCAGAGCCAGAGGUCUUGCUGCAGACGUAAUGGGGCCUUACAGGGGGAAUGUCGAUGGUGUUUAGCCAAGAUGGACUUUGACUACUGCGGAAUAUGUCUCCUCCACUUCUCUGUCUCCUUUUGGUUCAUUAUUAUUUCCUGCAGUGGAGCUGGUGCUCCCACUGGAUUUCUUGGUGCUACUGGUCCAUUUCCACCAUCUCUGUCCCAGCAGGUACCUGUUGGCUAGGGAAAAGAGGAUAAAGCUGCAGCUGUAAGAUCUUUUGGUAACUUCUGCUGAUGUUUAAGUGUCUACCAAAAAACACUAUGCACUUCUUUCUCCUGUGAUACACUUACUGCAGUGAAUCAGUUUUGGUCUGGAGAAGGUGGAACUGGGCUGGUGAAUCCAGUGAUGAUUUUAGCAGACUUGCAUUGAGGUCCUUUCAUUUCUUCCUGUCUGAUUUUACCCCCAUGUUUCUUUGUCUCUCCUGUUCCACACUGUCUCACUUCCCCCUUUUUGUCCCUCAAACCCAGAUGUGCAGCCUGAAUGAGAUAUUUUGGAUAGGGCUGUUUGUUGUAUUUCUGAAUGAACUCUGAAUAAUGAUUAUAUUGACAGUAUUUGGGGCUGUUGAGCUUGGAAGAGGAGAAUGCACUUGCCAUGGCUCCUGUUCCUACAGAGCUUCCUCAUCCUUCGUAAGCUGGGUUUUUAAGAGUAAUGUCCAGCCUGCUGCAACACAGCCAUCAGGACAGGCAAUUCUCACUGAAGCUGUUGCAGGGAGUCUUGGAAAAAACUUCUGUGGUCUGGCUACGUGAUGAGGCUGAAGGAGCAGGACUUGCCAUUCCUGCCUAGCCAGACCUGUUGGGUGUUGCUGGUGGGAAUGGCUCUGGGAAUGGAGAACAGUGUGGCUCUUCAGAUGUAUCUCUCCGGCCUAGAGGAAGAGAGACUGAUUAUGGGGGAGGGGUUGGAGACAUGCAUGGGAACGGGGAUUAUUUUUUCAUCUUUUCCCUGAGAGCAUAUGGUGGUUCUGGUUUUUAGGAGGUGGAAGCAGGACUGUGGGCCUCAAAGAGUUUUGUAAUAUGUACAUAUAAGCCAGAUUCUCAUCAGGUAUAAGUCAGUGAAGCUGACAGGACUGUGCUGGUGUCAUCAGUGAGAUUCUGACCCAUACACAGAGAUUAGUGUACAUAUGCAAUGUUGGCAUUUAGAAAGAAGCUAGCUUCACCAUCUGAUUUCAGUGUGUCUUUUAGUCCAGUUCACCUCAGUCACUUCUGAACUGAAGCUUUUUUCCCCCCUUCCUCAUUCCCAUGUGCUGACUUUCCAGUGUUCUCAGUUUACAAUUACUAUUAGAAAGCUGGGGAGGGCACACCUUCCUCUUCUGUCUGUUUGGACCUAUUGGUAAUGCAUUUCUGCUGGCUCCUGUUUCCCAAUGCUGUCACACUGUUCUCCCUUGACUCUUCUUCCAUCUGCUGCUGGACCAUGGUAUGGUUUUGAGGGAACAGCUGCAGCACAGCUGACAUCUCGUACACUAGCCACGGGGACUCUGUAUACUCUGCAUUCAACCUUUUGGCCUCCUGUCUUCAGAAAGGGGGAGGGAUGGUGUCCUCCUGAGUAUGGGGCUGUGUAUCUCUCACAUGACAAGCACAGCCAUCAUUAGAGAAUCAUAACUGCCUUUCCCCAUGUUUAGCACCUUCCCUUGCUGUCAAGCCUUCCUAGCCAAGGGAGGGGGGUAGUGCAGCAGCAGAGGCUGGAGGGAGCAGGCACCCUUUGCCUUUCCCUCAGGAUGUACUCCCCUUCGACAGGAGAGUUUCAAAGUGAGUUUCAGAAGCAGAACUGCAGAGUCUUUAUCCCUUGUUUUCUUUUUAGAGGCAGUGCAGGUGAGAUGAGGGAGGGCACGUCUUUCUCGGACAAUCCGUCCAUUUUAGCAAGUGUGUCAGAUAGUAUUCUGUAUACAGUGAUAACACAAUGUUACAUUUUAAAUUAUUUAAUCCUUAGGGUACUGGCAUUUUCUAGACUGCCAGAUGCAUACUUUGAAGUUUGUGUGUGUAAAUAGUCUGUAGGCUCUAAAAGGUUAACAGAAAUUCUGUUUGUAAGAUUUUGUGUUUUGUAAGUUUUUGCAGCAGUCAGUGUUGGGUCUGUUAUUGAUUGCUCUUCACUCUAGUUCCUGGAAUUUUUCCUCCUUCCUUUCCCUGUCCUUCACUGCCUUUCUGAUGUCAGCCUUCCUACCCUAAAAGCAGACAGGCAAGACUUGGAGCCCAUAGGGUAUUUGGGGAAAUUCCCCUUUCUUCUAAUUACUUGAAGGUCAACAAAAAUAUUAAAAUAUCAGGGUUGUCAGGAGUUCCCCAUAGGUUCAUUUCUUUAGUGUGAUCUCACCCCUCACUUGGUGCUGAGGCCAAUACCAUGGUUUUCACACAGAAUUGAGCAGCAGUGCGGUUUGAAAUGAUCAAAACUAUAGACACAAAAAAGGUGAGACAGAAGCAGGAGGAAGCCAGUGUCUGAGUUGGCUUCAGAACAUUUGCCACAUACGUAUCUGUAUAUAGAAUUUUUUACAUGGAUGCUUUUGCUUCUUCCUGGCAACCUAAUGAAAUAAUAUUUUAUGGCCAUUUCUUGUUGCUGCUAUUGAGCUGAAUUUGUUUAUCAAAUGGAGACUGAAGCUGCCUUUUUGCCUUUCCUAUAGACUUUGCUCCACUUCAGUCACUUCCAUCAUUUCUUCCUUUCAGUUUUUCCCUUCUUCUGAGCUAGCCACAAGCCCAUUUGUGAGAGGCAAAUGUUCACUUUCUACAGGCAGCCUCCACAGUGGGCAAAAACUGCCCUGGCAGUGGCAGUCUCAGCAAAGGCCAAAGAUGUAAUAGGUCACAGGGAUGCUGUUUCUAUGAGUGUUUCAAGAGCAGGGUCAGGCAUAAGGGGUGAUAGAGGCAGGGAAGAGGGAGCAGGGCAAGUAUGCAGGAAACUCGCACUAAUGCUGUACCCAGCCUGGGGUCAAACAGAUUGUUGGAGAGUCUUUCGAACCAGCACCUUGCAGCGUCAAGAUGCAGUACAUGUGUUGACAUUCAGCCAGGAGGGCUGCUUUGUCUUACCUAUUGGUAGGCUCCUUUCUAGCCAAAAUUGGAGCACAGAGCAGAGGGGCCUAAAGCCGAAUGUGAAAAGGGCAGCUCCUGGCAGAGCGAUUUGGAGACAAAUGAUUGUAACAGGCCCAGAGCUUGCACUGGCUGUUUGCUAUUUGGGCUCCAAAAAUGCCUUGGUGUGUUGUGCUAUAGCUUAGCUAACACAAACUUCCCAUGAGAUUGUCGUCUUGUUCCCUCUAACUGUGGGGCGAGGACCAACUUGCUCAGCAGCCAGUUUUCACUGCUGCUGAGCUCCACUGUUAAGCUUUCAAGUCACGCGGAUUUCUUUUUAAAUAUCUAAAAAACAAUUAUGGAAACAAGAGGCUGCCCUCUGCCUCCUGGCAAGGUGCCAUCACGGCUCUCACUCCUAGCAUGUGGGUACAGUGCGAAGUGAAGAGAUGAUGCCCCAUCUCUUCCAGGCCUGGAGGCUGUGGAUUUGUAAAGGGGAAAGUCUAGUGCAUGGUCUGUGACAGAAUGCGUGGAAUUCUGAAAUAAAAUAACUUUCCACAGUAA